AUGAAGCUCACCCCGGAGCUCAUCCAGUCCGUCCCCUCCACGCUCAACCCCGUAAAAGAGCGGCAGCUCGACCUCAGAGGAUACACCAUCCCUGCCAUUGAAAAUCUUGGUAUAACCAGGGAUCAGCAUGACUGUAUAGAUUUUACAGACAAUUCGAUCAUCGUCUUGGGAAACAUACCCCUCCUCCGUCGCUUGCGCACGCUCUUGCUCGCGAACAACCGAAUAUCGUCCAUCUCCCAGUCCCUGCAUCUGUCUGUGCCGAACCUCACCACGCUUGUGCUUACGAACAACAACAUCGCCGAGCUGGGCGAUCUCGAGCCUUUGAAGGAUGUCAAGUCUCUGCAGUAUUUGUCCUUGCUGGGAAACCCUGUGCGGGAAAAGAAGUGGUAUCGGGAGUGGCUUGCAUGGCGUAUUCCCAGUCUGAGAGUUCUUGAUUUCCAGAGGAUUCGCGACAAGGAGAGGCAAGCUGCAAAAGCUUUGUUCUUGACCGCGGACAACCUCCCAACACAGCUCGCGACUACGAUCUCGCAAACUGUCACAACACACUCGUCAAAACCUCCAAUCACGACCGACGAGCCCAAGCCGGCCCUGCAGGGCAAGGCGGGAAGACUGAUGUCCAAGGAGGAGGCGGACAAGGUCCGCGAGGCGAUCGCGCGUGCGACGUCGGUGGAGGAGAUCAGGAGGCUGGAGCGGAUGCUGAAGGAGGGAUUCUUGCCUGGGAUGGAGUCAGUUGGUGCAUGA